GGGAGGGAGGUCGUCCUUCUUCCCUCCAUGAAAAUAAGGAGGCUUCAGAAUAACAUUGAGUUGCCGACUCCUGAAAAUUGAAAUAUACUCUCUGGGCACACCUCUGACAAAUGAGCUCUUUGAACGGAUGUCUCGAUUGAGUUGUACACCAUUGGUAUACCAUGGAUUAACGAGAUUGACAUCAAUUAUCAUCCACGUCUGUCAAGCAAUCUGUGACUGAAAUUUAAUUAUAUUCAUUGGAAGUAAAUAUGUAUCGACGGGAUCUUUUAACAACUCUUGUAUCACUUCACAAACUGACAUACGCAGUGCACAAAAUUACUGUGCUCAGUCAAAUAAAAGUUCGUUCGCUUAGAUCCCUGGCCAGUAAACGAGUUCCGAACCCAGGAAUAGAAAGAAGAUUAACAGCAUUGGAUUAUAACGAUAAAGAUUGUCUGUCCCAUGAAGAGUUAUAUGAAUUAGAAAAUAGUGAAUCGGAUUUUAUGAACGUACAUUUGACUCAACACGAGCAAGAAAGAGAAAUGCAAAAAAUUCAAAAUAAAGUGAGGACAAAAAUACUAGAGAAAAAAUAUUUCAACAAAGAGGUAGAACCUGCCAUGUUGACAUGGGAAGAACGAGAACAAAUAUACCAGUUGCAUAAAUUGAACCCAGAUAAAUGGAAUGUUCACACACUCUCGGAAAGUUUCCCUGCUUCACAAUCAGCCAUUGAGAAAAUUUUAAGAGCCAAGUGGAGACCUGCUAGUGUUAACAGAAUCAAUCAAUACAAUAAAUCAGUGGAGAGAAAUUGGAAGUUGCUAAGUGAAGGAAAACUAAAUAUUUCAGAAGAAACAAGAGCUCAUUUGUCACGGUUUUCUUCUAGAGAAAGACAAAUCUUUCCUCCUACUACCUCUUACUCAAGAGAGAUUACAAAGUCCAUUAUUUCACCUAAAUGUAAAGAAUUUUACAGAAUAGUCCAAGCAGCAAAAUCAGAAGAUUUAAUAACUGAUCCGUUUCAGAAAUUAAGACAAUCUUUUGCUCAAAAUUCUUUUCAAAAUCCACCAGAAGAAACAUAUGUUUUAGAUAAUGGGGAAAAGAAGUUGCAAACAGUAAAUACUUUGGACAUGUAUCGUGAGAUGGUAUUGAAAUCUGGAAAACCUUUAAAUUCUGAAGAUAAAGCAAUGAUGGACAGUUACAAAAUUAGCUUGGAAAAGCGAAAUGAACCAAAAAAAAGCAUUUCUUCAAAUGAUUUCUCUGAUGGUGCAUUUGAUAAAUACCCAGUUGCUUCCUUGAAACCACAAAACAAAAUAUAUGUUCAUAUUCAAAUCCCCCAUCAUUUGAAGAAAAAAGGCAUUUUGUAUAAAUUAGAUGAUUGUUAUUACGAUGAAGAUGGAGAGUUAUUGUACAGAGUUCCUGGAAUGUUGUAAUAAAGUUUUUUUCUAUUAACCAGCUGACAAACCAUUUAAUAUGGUAUUCCUUUGGUAACAAUUAAUCACAAAGAGGUAAUUUCUGAUAUUUCAAAACAGCAAUACAUUUUUAUUAUGAAAUAAUGGCAUAUCAUAGAAGUGAAUUGCAUUUCCUGUCUUGAUCUUUCUGGUACAAGAAGCUUCAGACUGCUCCACAGCGAUUUGGUUUAAUAGAAAUGAAUAUAAAAGCUCCCAUUUCUAAUACAUAAUGUUGUUCUUUUGAUUGUGACCUAGAGAAAAAGCCUAGUCUUUAUAAAGUUCCACAACAAAUAAUCAUCAUCUUCAUCUUGGACUGCAAGACAUAAGCGUUUUCACUUGUUCCUCUUUGUUCAGAAGAUCUGAUGUUGUACCUGCUCUCUCCUCAUUUUCUUUGUCUUCAAAUGCUUUCUUGGCCUGAGUGUUUAUAGUUGCUGUAGUUAUAGUACCUGAGUGCUUAGUCUUUCAUUCUUAGUUCUCUUAAUGUGUUCUAACAAAUUAUUCUAAUAGUCUUUUAUUUCUACUACAAAAUAUUUUGUUUCAACCCUUUUUGUUAUCUGUGUUUUUUGUUAAUCCAAUUGUGUUGUUCCUGAAAUGUGUCAGAGCAUUAUUAUUACUAUCAUAAUAAUUAUAAUCAUUAUUGUAACUAGUAUUGUAAUUCAUCUGUUAGAGCAAUUCCACUAAUUCAAUCAGUUUUGAUCCAGUUUCUCUUGAUCUUUUGAGCAAAUGCUGAGAUGUCCCCCUUGCUUUGAUUUCUGGACAGUAAAUAAAAUUACACUCUGCCCAAG